GAACGACAACAAGAGACAUGUCGGCGAGGGACACGGAGGAGGCUCUCGCAUUUUGGUGAUGCAGGAACUCGCGCGGAGUGAGCUCGAAUUCUAAUGGUUGCGUGCGACUAUGGCAGAACCCAGUCUAGAUCUUCGCCCCCUGACGGCUCUUGAGAACCUGGUGGGCGUGCAGAUAGGGACUCUUCCCAUCCCGAGCGAGGCCGAGGAGGAGGCCAGGGCGAUGGACGCGGGCCACCUCGCGCCCCUCAAGCUCGUCGACGAGGAGCCCGGCACGCCUGCCACGCCGCCCGCUCCUCCCGGCGAGCCCCUGGAAGACCUGGUGGAGGCGAGCGGCGGCGGGAAGGAGGAGGUGAGCGAAGGCGAGGGCAUGAACACGGCCCAGGAGGGACAGGAGGAGGAGGGGGCGCAGGACGCGGACCGCCUCCCCGCCCUGGCCCUCCCGCAGGACACCUCCAGGGACAGCAGCCUUCAGCCGUCAGGGGGGGAAACGGUGGCGCCCGUGGACAGUGCCCUGCCCAAUGAAGCCAUGCCAGCUGUCAGCUCGGAACACUUAGUGGGGGAACAACAUGAGGGGGAGCAGUUGUCCGAGAGUGAGCCCAUGGAGACAGAGUCGUCCUGGGCAGGUGACAAGGAGCCCUUGCCCAAUGACAGUGGCAACGAAACCUCCGUGCGGGACAGGGAGGCAGAGGAGACCCUUGGGGGCGGGGACUCAAGUACCAGCAGUGGGGGUGGGGAGGGCAGUGUGUCAGGGACGGGAGCGCCCGAAACGGAGGAACAGUUCAGUUGGGACAAUGUGCGGUGUGUUUUCUGUGACGCAAGUGCGAUAGACCAAGAGCCUAAACUUCUACCGUGUUUACACUCGGCUUGCAACAAGUGCUUAACCCAUGAGGCAGCUGAGCCAGAAAUGAACAAAGAUGAUGAGAUUGUUGCAAUGGACCCAUUAAUCCAUUGUCCAGUAUGCAAAAAAGGAUUUCCACAAGACAGUAUAUUGGACAAUAUGUUUAUAUGUGAAGCUCAAGGCAGUGGAGACCGAGGAGCUGGAGCAUCUGAGGAGAGCUUCACAUGCACGUCCUGCACAGAUGAAGCAGUAGCGACCGGUCUAUGUACAGACUGUUCAGAAUGGCUUUGCGAUCAAUGUAUACAGGCCCACAAAAGAGUGAAGGUAACCAAAGACCACAUCAUUAAGGGUAAAGGAGAGGUGGACUCUGACUCAUCAUCCACCAAGACUCAGGCCAAGAGAGCGCUCUUCUGUAACAUACACAUUAAGGAGAAGUUAAAUCUUUACUGUCAGACCUGUGAUCAGCUAACCUGCAGAGACUGUCAGUUGAUAGAGCACCGAGAACACAAGUACAAGUUUUCCGAAGAGAUGGCAAGCAUUACAAGAGAACGACUAAGACAAUUUUUAAUGGAUAUUCGUAAGAAGAGAGGCUAUAUAGAAAAUGCGAAAGAAUUAGUCGGGGAACGACGGCAACAGAUUCUUAGUAAACAAGAAUCUGUACAAGCUGACAUAAAUAGGCUAGUCGAAACGUUCAUAGAAAUUAUAAGACAAAGGGGUAAUAACUUGUUUGAUCUGCUGAGAGAGGUUUGCAACAGUAAGCAGGAGCAGCUGGACAAGAAAAACGAGGUCCUUCUGCAUCUGGGAUCGCAGGCUGACCAUUGCAUCACUGUUGUUGAAGCUGUCCUCAGCUCAUCUUCAGACAUGGCCCUUCUUUAUUCGAAAAAAUUAUUAAUGGACCAGGUCCUUAAAGUAGACAAAGAUUCUCCUGACAGAAGCUUAUUUGACCGUUUCAAAGCUAAGCUGAAUUCAGGUGAUGACAUCUCCUUAAGAAUAUCCAGUGAAUCUAGAGGGUUAGGCAAAGCCUUAAAGGACGUAGGUUAUCUUCUGGUUGACAACAAAGUCUACCCGCCCCCUGACGCUGGGGUUCAGAACAAGGUGCGUUCUUCCCAGCCAUCUCCCGUUGAUCCAUCUGCUUCUCCGCAGCCCCCUCAACCCCCACAGCCUCCAGCACUCACACCUAUGCAUUCAGCCAUCCAGCAACAGCAACAGCACAUUCAGCAGGGAGGCAGCAUGCACCAUAAAUUUCACAACUUCGGUCCAGCACCUCCUGGUCCAGCUAAUCCACCAGGGCUGGUAAGGAUCCAGCCUAAGCCUUCAAAUCAACCCCAUCCAGGGCCCAGUCUCACCAACUUUGCCAGGAUGCCCCAGUUAACGCAGGGAAGAUCAUCAGAUGUAUCAUCCUCCGUCUCAUCAACCACUCAUCCAAUAGGAGAAAAUAGUCACCUACGAGGACUUCUAGGAUCUGGUGGGACUUACAAGCUAAAUGCAUUCAACCCCCAUUUAGCAGCUCGUUUACAGCAGCACCAGCCACACCAAGGAACCUCAAGAAGCCAUCACGACCAGCAGGGUUCUCCAAGAUCCUCCUUGCCCUUUCGACAGAGCAUGAACCCUGGUGCAGCACCAAUGCCAAUGCCAGGGGGUUCACAGCCCAACAACAAUCCUUUAAGUAUGGUCAACAUGGCAGCACAGCUUAGUGCCCCAUCUGGUAUCAGUAUCACUCCGGUUCCUCCUCAAAAGGCAACUCCGCAGCACCAGCAAGGACACAUGCCACACCAGCAGCAGCAACAACUCCCUCACCAAUCAAAGUCCCACCAUCAGCAGCACCUCACGCUACAGAACAUACUCCGAAAUACAUUAUCGCAGCCUGCAAUGGCGCAGAAGUCCGAUUCUCGUCAACCGUCACCACACAGCACCCAGCAACCACAGCUGAAGAAAGAAAGCAGUAGUCCGACUCCAUCGUGGCAUAUCCCACAGACAGCAGAGUCCUCUAAGUCAAGCAGCAGCAACAGUAAUAGUCAUAGCAGUCAUGACAACUCAACUCCCAUGGUCACCAUCCCCACAGAGAAUCUUGACAACUCCUUCAAGAUUGUUCUGGGUCCCAGUAAAAGCAACGGUGGGGUGAGUUCCUCAACCAUCAGCAACCCCAACACCAACACCUCCACCUCCAACUCCAACUCCAACUCCAACUCCAACAGUACCUCCAACAUCCCCCCCAACUUGCCCCCGCUCACCAGGAUCCCAGGGUUUAGAUCAAUCCUUCCAAAGCCCACGGCAACCUCAGAUGCCAAGGAGACUAGGCUUUCAAGUGAAAGUUUGGGCCAGGACUCGGCAUCAGAUGAGAGCAAACUCAAGAGCAUACCUCCUCCAUCAGUUUCAAUCACUUUAGCAGCCCUUACCGGUUCCUCCUCAUCUGACCCAGCAAAUGGGCCAAAAGUGAAGGUGGAGGACCAUACAAAUUCCACUCAUGUUGACAGUUCAUCCAGUCCUUCAAGUGGUUUUAAUUCUGAUGACCGGCUAAGAGUGACAGAAAAUGGUGAUGAGAGUAGAAAAAGAAGAGAAGACACGAACAAUGAUAGUGAGGACAGCCUGCCAGACCUGACCAUUGACACUGGCUCUGUGGAUUCUAUGCCGUCAGUCCCCUCAGAGCCAAAAAACGGAAAGUCUAGUGAAGUUUCAAGUGAUAGUGAAAUGGACUCAGCAGGCAAUAUCCUUGGUCCUGGAGCAUCUGUUCCAUGGAAGAAGGACCCCAAUGAUCCCAAUGAUGACUGGUGUGCUGUUUGCUGGGAUGGAGGCGACCUAAUAUGCUGUGAUUAUUGUCCAAAG